AUGCCAGCUCCAUACAAGAAGGGAUCCGAGAAGAAAGGUGCCACUUUGUUCAAGACCAGAUGUCUACAAUGCCACACCGUUGAAAAGGGUGGCCCACACAAGGUUGGUCCAAAUUUGCACGGCGUUUUCGGCCGUCAGUCCGGUCAAGCCGAAGGAUACUCCUACACCGAUGCUAACAUCAAGAAAAACGUCACCUGGGGUGAACAGACCAUGUCUGACUACUUGGAAAACCCAAAGAAAUACAUUCCAGGUACCAAGAUGGCUUUCGGUGGUUUGAAGAAGGAGAAGGACAGAAACGAUUUGAUCACCUACAUGCUCAAGGCCUGCAAAUAA